CCAGGAUCUCCACUUAGGGCAGUGGGAAUCUUCUUUGACUCUGGAACACUGGGCAGGAGCUUUGCCAUUGGCUGGCCAAGAAGGAGGAGGCAGAAUGUCUGCAUUGUUACACCAUAGAGUUCAAACUUCAAAAGACUUUGGGUUAAACAGUAUCAUUUACUCUGCAAAUGAUUAUGUCUUUGCCUGUCCUCUAUGAUCACAAACUAAUGAAACACCUUACGAAUUCAGGUUACACUGUUUUCCAGAUGCUCUGGCAGCUGAUUCAGGGCCUUUGAGAAAUGGAACCCAACUCUCUAAGGACUAAAGUCCCAGCUUUCUUGUCUGAUUUGGGGAAGGCCACAUUGAGGGGAAUCAGAAAGUGUCCCCGAUGCGGCACAUACAAUGGAACCCGGGGACUGAGCUGCAAGAACAAGACAUGUGGAACCAUAUUCCGCUAUGGGGCACGGAAGCAGCCCAGUGUUGAAGCUGUCAAAAUCAUCACAGGCUCCGAUCUGCAGGUUUACUCAGUGCGGCAAAGAGACCGGGGCCCCGAUCACCGAUGCUUUGUGGAGCUAGGCGUGUCAGAGACGACAAUCCAGACGGUGGACGGGACAAUCAUCACUCAGCUGAGCUCCGGACGGUGUUAUGUCCCCUCAUGCCUGAAAGCUGCCACCCAGGGCGUAGUGGAAAAUCAGUGCCAGCACAUCAAGCUGGCGGUGAAUUGCCAGGCAGAAGCCACCCCUCUGACUCUGAAAAGCUCGGUCCUGAAUGCAAUGCAGGCCUCCCCAGAAACCAAGCAAACCAUCUGGCAACUGGCCACGGAACCCACAGGUCCCCUCGUACAGAGGAUUACCAAAAACAUUCUGGUGGUGAAAUGCAAGGCAAGCCAGAAGCACAGUUUGGGGUAUUUGCAUACAUCCUUUGUGCAGAAAAUCAGUGCCAAAAGCUUGCCCGAGCGCCGGUUCUUCUGCUCCUGCCAGGCUCUGAAAUCACACAAGUCGAAUGCCUCCAAGGAUGAGGUGGCCCAGAGAUGUAUUCAUUUCUUUGCUUGCAUCUGUGCUUUUGCCAGUGACGAGACAUUGGCUCAGGAAUUCUCAGACUUCCUAAAUUUUGAUUCCAGCGGUCUUAAAGAGGUUAUUGUGCCCCAGUUAGGUUGCCAUUCAGAAUCGACAGUAACAGCUUGUGAGUCUACUGCCUCUAAGCCAAAGAAGAGGAAGAAGGAGGAAGUACCUGGUGCACAGACGAACAGUUCACUACUGUCUCAGGAUGCAACGAGCAGUCAUCUAAGGAAAGGUGGCCUGAAAAAACCUGUGGUUGCUUCUUCAUUAAAAAGGCAGGCCUCCGGUCAGCUGUUGGAUGAGGCACAAGUGACCUUAUCCUUCCAAGACUGGCUGGCCAGCGUCACAGAACGCAUCCAUCAAACCAUGCACUAUCAGUUUGAUGGCAAACCAGAGCCACUCGUGUUCCACAUUCCUCAGUCCUUUUUCGAUGCCCUGCAACAAAGAAUAUCUAUAGGAAGUGCAAAGAAACGGCUUCCCAACUCCACCACAGCUUUUGUUCGGAAAGAUGCAUUGCCCCUGGGAACCUUUUCCAAGUAUACCUGGCAUAUCACUAAUAUCCUGCAAGUUAAACAAAUCUUAGAUACUCCAGAGAUGCCCUUGGAAAUCACUCGGAGUUUUAUCCAGAACCGGGAUGGGACUUAUGAGCUGUUUAAAUGCCCUAAAGUGGAAGUAGAGAGCAUAGCAGAAACCUAUGGUCGUAUAGAAAAGCAACCUGUGUUGCGACCCUUGGAACUAAAAACCUUUCUCAAAGUUGGCAACACUUCCCCAGAUCAAAAGGAGCCAACACCUUUCGUCAUCGAGUGGAUCCCAGAUAUCCUUCCCCAGUCCAAGAUUGGCGAGCUGCGGAUCAAGUUUGAGUAUGGUCACCACCGAAAUGGGCAUGUUGCAGAGUACCAAGACCAGCGGCCGCCACUGGACCAGCCCUUGGAACUGGCCCCUCUGACCACCAUCACUUUCCCUUGAGGCAAAAUGAAACAGUCUUUUGCUGCUAAAUUUGCACAUCCCCACCCCUUGACAAUUUUAAAUACUAGUUAGGCAUUUAGAUGGCCCUGUUCCUUAGUGAACUGCUCUUAGCUAAGAUACAAUUUCUCAGCGCAUUUGAGUGGAUUCUUGUGAAGAAAAACUCUUCUUGUAAAUGGCCUUUUUGGUGCUGCUGUGUAUAGUCUUCAUUAUAAAUUGGGUGAUAUUUCUAGCUAGAAUUUUUAAAGGAACAAAAAGGAAACCAGCUCACUUUCCUUCUUCAAGGACUCCCAUUUAGAAUUUGUUUCAACCUUUUUCUAAUUCUCUUAAGAAGUUAGCAGCACUCCGCCUUAUACCAACAGUGUUGGAAAGUUAGUAAUACCCUGGUUAGGGCAGAAUGUUAAGGACCAUUCUGACAGAGUUCCAGUCAUGCCCUUUUAUCUUGUUCUCAAAUAAAGCACAAUGUCACUAGUUUUUCCAAAGUAUGUAUCAUGUUGGCCUGAUGAUAAAAUUAUAAACCUUUGGGGAGAUUCCAGUAAUAGUGAAAUAGGAAAAAGAGGUCCAUGUGUCAAGGGACUAUUGACAUUUCAAACUAAUGCUUCUAAUUGCUUAUUUCAUUGAUAUUUAUUUCCUUCUCUAUUCUCAAAAAAGACUAACAGUAAGGUUCAAUUCCUAUUGCUGAGUUCAUUGAUCACAGAAUGGAGAUACUGAAAGACACAGAAGUGGAAGCCUGUGUUCAGGGAGAAAAGAAGGAAAUGAACAUAUCCUAUAUGCCUACUAUGUCCCAGGCACUCUCAUUUACGUUCCCAAUCAUUUUUCUCAUUUAGUCCUCAUCGUUCUUUGAAUUUAGGCCUUACCCCUUCUUUUAAGUUAAAGAGACAGCCUCUCUGAGGUUAUCUUCCUGGAAACAGCAUUAAAAAUAAUGUUUCAUUUUACUGCAAAGGACAUGUUCUUUCUACUUUAUCAUGUUUCUUUGAUAUAAAUUCCUUGUAAUUCAUUGUCCUUGGGAACACAAGAAAAAUCCAUA